AGUCAGUUGUUCAACCCAAGUUUUUACUUGUUAUCAAAUAAAUGGCCCAACUGGAUUAUGUUACGUUACUUCUGUCACGUACAUACUAUGAAAAUAUUUGAGCAAAAGUAGGCGGACAUACACAGUUUACUUAGUGUUUCAAAUUAUAAGUGCAUAAGUCAAAAGAGGAAGAGUUUCCUAUUCCUGAAUAAUGGCGAUACUAGGAGAAUUAGGGAACGAAGACGAAGGCUUACUGUAUGAAGUAGAUGAUCACGGCAGAGAGGAGCUUGUCAGGUCAGUGGAAUCAACACAUCGAGUGUUUAUACGUUACACAAAUGUUACUUCGCGGCCUGUGAAUAUCUGGUGGAGAGACUACUCCGGACGUCGCCGUUUCUACGCGUGCCUGAAGCCGUCAGAGUUCUGCGAUAUUAACACUUUCGCUACUCACCCUUGGGAGUUCACGGAUGUGGCGACCGGUGAGCGCUUCAAUAUCGGGCCGCAAGCUAUCUUUAGAGCUCCAGUACGACAAGAUGCGCGUUUUAGAAGUAAUUGGAACAUAAGUGUGAGUCUCCGGUCUCUCCGAGACACUGCUCUGUUGCAAGUAGCACUAUCUGUGUCGGACCCACGGCAGGUAGACUCAUUAGGCCUCCCGAGGACUCUUUCAGAGGAUGUGAAGCAGCUUACUCAAGUUAUUCAAGUCUCCAAACAGACACACAGGGAUCCGUGACACAUGGAUUAUAGCGAUAUUGACGUAGUUAUGCCGUCACAAUCAACAUCCUCAAUUAAAGUUUUUGUUAUUGACAUGAGUGUUGCUGUGAUUAUCAGUGUUAUCUAUCAGUGGGGAUAUUUUGAAGACUCGCUCGUGCCAUGGAUUUCUAGUGUUGCUUCGGGACUAUUAGCGUGGGGGUGGGUGCAUAUCAGACAUUAUAUCUUCUAGUUCUAAGAAACAAGUGAUAUUUAAGCUUUUGUUAUGAUAAAUGUGAAAAUAAUGUAUUUAAACAUUAGAAUUGUUUAAGAUAAUAGAUAUAUAUGUUUUUGUAAUAUUAGA